UGGACGGGAUGCUCUUCAACAACAACAGCUCGUCAGACACCUCGGUAGCUUUCUAGCAAACAUAGCUACAACAUUCACUCUCUUUACACGGUUUUGGUGUAUAUUAGUCGCUGUGUAUUAAACACAUUUAUGUCGUAUGUACUUGUUGGCCCAUUCAAUUAUAUAUUUACGUUGUUUGUCAGCUAGCUGGUUUGCUAAGUUAGCUUUGAACUAGGCUAGUCGCUAAUGCUAGCUAGCUAACAUCCCCGACCAUGAGUUCACUAAGCUACUCUCCUCCUGCUAAAGAAGAGGUCUGCUGGACGGAGAAAGAAGCUCUGGUGAAAGAGGAGGAGGAAGAGAAGGAUGUUACAAUACAAAAACAAGUAGAGGGUGAGGCUGUUACCGUGAAAGAAGAAGAGAAAGACGUUACAGUGAAAGAAGAGGCAGAUGCGUUCAGAGUGAAAGAGGAGGAUGUUACAGUAAAAGAAGAGAAAGAGGAGGAUUCCGUUUUUGGAGUGAAAGAGGAGGAGGGGGAGAUGACUGUCACAUUGGAGGAAGAAGAGGAGGUUGGAGAUCCGUUUAACCCCAGAGAGAGACGUGACUAUCGUGGAUCCUCUGGGGAGCCUCAACAAACUCAUGAUGCUGAAGAGGCAGAGAAGAGUCUCUCCACAUUAGAACACCUCAAGAAACACCAGCAGAGACCCACAGGGAAGAAAUCUCACUGCUGCUCUGACUGUGGGAAGAGAUUCACCUCAUCAUCAGGCAUUAAAAUUCAUCAGAGAAUCCACACAGGAGAGAAACCUUUUAGCUGUACUCAAUGUGGGAAGAGUUUUACUCAGUCAACCAGCCUGAUAUCACACCAUAGAACCCACACAGGAGAGAAAUCUUAUAGCUGUGAUGAAUGUGGGAAGAGUUUUGUUACAUCUAGCAGUCUGACUAAACACCGGAGAACACACACAGGAGAAAAACCUUAUAGCUGUGAUGAAUGUGGCAAGAGUUUUGUUACAUCUAGCAGUUUGACUCUUCACCAGAGAACACACACAGGAGAGAAACCGUAUAGCUGUACUCAAUGUGGGAAGAGUUUUGCUCUGUCAACCAGCCUGAUAUCGCACCGUAGAACACACACAGGAGAGAAACCUUUUAGCUGUAAUCAAUGUGGGAAGAGUUUUAAUACGUCUAGCUAUCUAACUGUACACCAGAGAACACACACAGGAGAGAAACCGUAUAGCUGUGCGCAAUGUGGGAAGAGUUUUACUCAGUCAACCAGCCUGAUGUCACACCAGAGAAAACACACACAGGAGAGAAUCCUAAUAGCUGUGCUAAAUGCUGGAAGAGUUUUACUACGUCUAGCAAGCGGACUACACACCAUAUAACACAUACAGGAGAGAAAUCCCAGCUGUGAUCAGUGUGACCAGAGAUAAUCUGAUAAAAUACCUCUGAUCAAAAAUCAGAAAAUACAUACAUGAAGGAGUUGUUUCAUGAUAUCAAUUAAUUAAUGUCACAAUGUAGAAUGUUUAAACAUUGUAGUAGAAGUAUUUUAAUAAUGUCACAAUGUCGAUCCGUAAUCGUUUGCCCCCUGUUCUAUUGAUUUCAUCAUGAUAUGGAUAUUAGCCUCAGGGGAUAAUACUGGCUCUGAAUUGAAAGAGUUACUAUUACUGAGAUUUAACAAAAAGUGACUAACAAAAAGAGUUGUGUUACACUUACCACGUUGAUGACCCACUUGAAUCAAAAUACAACACUUCAAAAUGUAGCGAGCUGUUUUCUACAAAUUGUCCUCUAACCAGAUAUGUACACAUUAUUCCCAGAUUCCGUGUGGGUUUUGAGCUGUUAGUUUUAACAGGACGUGCAACCUCAUCACAAUUGAUUUCAACAUGAUAUCAAUGAGUGAUGACAAAUAAGUGUUGGGUUCCUUUGUUUAGCGACCCCUAAAUAGCUGACUGUCUUCUGCAGGUUGUCCUCUAAUCAGUGAGGUAACAAAUAUCUCCAAUUUCCAUUUAUUUUUUUAGUUAUGUUAAUUUCAACAGCAAGUACAACCUGAUUUCCCCCUUAAUUGAUAUCAGUGAUAUAUUGCUACUUGUCAAAACAACAGCGUUUCUGGUGCUUGUGCAGUUUAUAAGCUGCUUGUUUAAAAAAUACAAGUAAUAUGAUUAUUGUGGCAGAUGUUUGUGUCUAUAGCACAUUUUAUGUUUAGGUUUUACAUUUAUCCCAAACUGUUUCUGCACAUUGGUUAUUGAUUUAGACACGUUAAAACUGUGUUUUGACAUUGGGCUAUCCCACCUAGCAAAAUGUAAUUGAAAAGAUGUUGAAAAUAAGACUAUGCAAUCAAAUAUUUCAUAUUUACAUUUCAUGUAACAUUUAGAAAUUAUAAUUAUUUAUGCAACCAACUGACAAUUUUUGGGGUACAAUUAUAUUGACAUUGUUACUCUGUUUUGAGAAUAUCAGGGUUAAUUCUCACAUGUGCCAACCCAAAUGUACUAGAGCAUGACAUUGGGGACUGGGCCCCGAUCCAACAACAUGCCUAUCUAGUGAACCCUGAAAAGAGAAAAAAGCUCCACAAUGAGGUGGAAAGUUACUACGGAUAUUGCAGGAGUUUCCUCUUGAAAUCAGACGUGUCUGUGGUAAGGACAACUUGGUUGCUGAUUGUCUCAAGGGUGGGCAGUCAAAAAGAUUUGUGUUUUGCGUUUAGCCAGUGCGUUACCAUAGAUCCCAAUUGAUUUUGACUGCACGUUUUUCUGUAUUGGAGAUGAGUUAUGUUUGGGCUCGUUCCAAGGGGACGAAAGUUCUAGAAGCUAGUGAGUUCUAGAAGCUAGUGAGUUUUAGGGAGACGAGAGUUCUAGAAGCUAGUGAGUUUUAGGGAGACGAGAGUUCUAGAAGCUAGUGAGUUUUAGGGUUACAUGAGUUCUAGAAGCUAGUGAGUUUUAGGGAGACAAGAGUUCUAGAAGCUAGUGAGUUUUCAGAUUCUAUAGAAAGAAAAAUGAGAAAAAAAUAAUACUAUUGUUUAUUAUUAUUUAGAAAUGUGUGUUUCUUGUUUUACCUGUUGACAGCCAGUAGACACCAUGUUUAUAUUGGUGAAGGUGAAGCAUUGUAGUUGAUUAUAAUGUGAAAUGGAAGUUGUUUUCUGUUGGUGGUGAGCAAACUUGCCCAACUAAAAUAUAGGAUUAUUUGUCUUUGUUUGCCUCUUCUUGAGCAGAUUUAGUGGGUCUCAUGGUGGGUGUCUUUUAGGUCCCAGUUGUUGUUACUAGUCAACUUUCAGUGGACACCCCCAUAGUGUCUUUCAGAGCCCCUCCUAAAAAACAAGCUUAUAUUUUGGGUUGGAUAUUGCAUCAAAAUAAUAUUUUAAUCAAUGGAAUUUCCUUAAUGUUCAUUCGUUUUUCAGUUGUUAGUCUUCUGUUUGUUGUGUACUAAAUAUUUCUGUUUAUUUUAAUUGUAUUUUCCUGUGAAGCCAUUGUAUUGCAUCCAUGUCUGAAAUGUGCUGUAAGAAUAAAGCUUGAUUUGA